AUGACGGAGGAGGAGCGAGCGGCGCUUGCGAAGAAGUUGGAUGAUGAUUUGGAACAGUUUAUGGAGGAAAUGGCCGCGAAGAAGGCUGCCGAGCAGACAGAGAAAAAGCCAUUCGACUUCGAUGAGUGGUGCAAAGACAUCGAUCAGCAUCCUGCUUUUAUGAAAGAUCUUGAUGCUGGGUUGAAUGGUCAGUAUGCAGAUACGCUGAGUGCGCUUCAGAAUGCGGAACUUGGAGAUCCUCCUACGCUUGUUGUAGGUGUUGCUCACGGUGUUCUGAGCCCAUAA